AUGGCCGAAGCUCAUGUACAUCUCAAGCUCGAAGGCGUCACGGUUGUUACGUUUGAAGCUGGCCCAAACAAGGUUGUCUUCCGGGUCCACCAGAACCUCCUGUGCGAUGCCUCAAUUGUAUUCAAGGCUGCGUUCUCUGGCAAUUUCCGGGAAGCCUCUGAGCGAUCGAUGUCGCUUCCCGACCACGACAAAGACUCGGUCGGGCGCAUGAUCCAGUGGCUCUAUACCAGAAAAUUUGAGCUGACAUUUCCGGUCUCCUCAGAGACUUCGGGAGAAUGCUAUAUGCAACUGGCCAAGUUGAACACGUUGGCCGACAAGUACGAUAUCUAUCUUUUGAAGAAUCAGAUCGUCGAUGAGCUCUUCGACCUCACAAAGCCACCAAGGAACUUCAAGCCGCCACAGAUAUCCGUCACCAAGUAUGUCUACGAUAACACCACCGAAGGAUCGUCUUUCCGGAAGCUGUUGGUUGCUUGGUAUGUCUACCGCAUCGACCUCAAGUGGUACGACUGUGAUACCACCAAGGCCACGCUUGCAGAAGUCUCCCAGGACCUUGCCAUCGAUCUGGCUGUGGCACUGGGCGUGAGACAGAAGUACCCGGAGCGACCUAACCCAUUCACUCUACCCAGUACUUUUUAUCAUGAGGAGCCGCCCAAGAAGGCUGAUGAAGGUUAUGCCUAG